AUGCCUGAUCCGAUCCCCGUCCCAGAAGGCUAUGUGGGGAACCUCACCCCAGUCCAACAAGAAAAGCUACAGCAGUUCUGGAAAUGCAUUCAGCAAUCAUGGGAUCCCUCAUUAUCGAGUACAGACGACACGACCUCAGUAGCGAAUUCGAGUACAAACGCUGGACGUCGACGAUUCUUCUCUUUCAGUCGCGCAACAACUGAACCAACCAAUGAAGAACUAUCUACAAUCCCAUCGAAUCUGCUCUCGUCACUGAAACGUCUAGGCGCAGGCGCAAACGAGCUCCGGGCAGUCGAAUCCCUGCUUACCCAGCUUCCCGGUGACAAAAUCCGCACCGCAUUCUUGUCAAUACUCAAACAAGACCAUCCCGACGCAUUAUGUCUACGAUUCCUACGCGCAGAAAAAUGGGACGUCCCCAAAGCCUGGAUCAAGUUCGUACGCACACUUAACUGGCGUAUGAAUGAGUUCAAGGUCGACGAGGCGCUGGCCAAAGGAGAAGAACACGCAUUUAUUAAUUCCAAAUUGGAGGGAGAUUCCAUCGCGAAGAAAAAUGGUGAGGGAUUCUUAUUACAGGCGUAUACGGGCAAAGGACAUCUGCACGGAGUCGAUCUCGACGGUCGUCCUAUUUGUAUUGUCCGGGUGCGGACUCACCAGCCGGGCGCUCAGACGACUGAGGGGCUGAAUGAUUAUAUCAUUCAUUUAAUUGAGCUCGUGAGGCUACUAAUGGUUCCUCCUGUGGAGUCGAUGGCUAUUGUCUUUGAUUUGAGUUCGUUUUCUAUCUCAAACUGGGAACUGGCUCCCGUAAAAUUCAUCAUUGAUUCCUUUCAGGAAUAUUAUCCUGAAUCGUUGGGCGCUAUGAUUUUCUAUAAUGCCCCUUGGAUCUUUUCCGGAUUCUGGAAAAUCAUCAAUGGUCUCCUUGACCCGGUGGUCGCUUCGAAAGUUCAUUUUGUCACUGGUACCAGAGAGCUGGAGACUCUCGUUCCUGCAGAACAUAUUAUCAAAGAGCUUGGAGGCCCCGAAGACUGGGAAGUCAAAUACAUCGAGCCCAGGCCUAAUGAAAAUGAGAGGCUCCGUGAUACGGCGACUCGAGAUACGAUCCUUCAGGAAAGAAAGGAGCUUGGUGAUGAUUUGUUCCGUAUGAAUGCGGAGUGGAUCACGGGUUCUCAGGAUGAUUCCUUGGACAACCGUCGUGAUGCUGUGAUCAAGCAGUUGUCGGAUAAUUAUUGGCGACUUGAUCCCUAUGUGCGGGCUCGUAGUCUUUCGGAUCGCACUGGGGUUAUUCAAGACGGAGGGAAAAUUGAUUUUUACCCUGAACCAACCGCUGUGCCAGAGGUUGUGGUUGCAAGUGAGGUUGAAGAGAAGGUGGUGGUUGGGGAGACUAAUGGUAUACAGAUGGCUGCUGUAGAAGCUUGA